GAAGAGCAGCGACGCUUUGCGGAUGAAAGCGAGCGAAGAGCUCAGAGACUUCGCCAGCUUCUGGAAGCGGCAGAAGCAGAAAGAAAAGAUCUGGCAACCAAACUGGAAGAAGAACGGAAAAAAGUAGAAGAGCUGGAAUUCAGGAUUGAAGAAGAAAGUAUCGGCAAAGAAGAUUUGGAAGCGGAGCGCGAGAAAGAACGACGGCGGAUCGAGGAACUUGAGAGGAGGCUGGAGCAAGAAAUUCGAAAGAAUGAGAUGAUUGCCGGUGGCGCCACACCCGAUACUGUACUAAAAGAAGAAAUUACAAGGCUAACUGAAGAAACAGAUUCUUUACGAGAUAAACUUAGACAAGCGGAACAGAAGAUCAAAGAAGUCCAAACUGCCAAACAAAAACCCUCCCCUACGUCAUCCGUUAGAGCGGACGAACUGACAAAAAAGGAAGAGGCCCUUCUCCAAGCACAAUUGAGUCUCGAUAACAAGAAACGGGAAGUGCAGAACUUACUAGACAGGAUAACAGAGUUGGAAAAAGAUCUAGAAAAAAGCAAGUCUCGUCAGUCGAGGCAAUUGGACACUAUCGAUGAACUCAAUGUGAAGUUACAGAAGUCAGAAUCCAGAUGUGCUAGCUUAGAAGAGGAAAUGCACACUGCCAAAGAACAAAUUCAAGAUCUGGAGCAUCGUCUUCGUAUCACGACAGAAUGCGUUAACAACCUGGAAUCUGAGAAACAACGUCUGGAGAAGCAGCUCCAAUCUCCCGAAUCAACGCCAGAAGAACAAGCCCUCAUCUCUCGGCUCCGGGAUCGGGAAAGAAUCCUCAUUCUGAUCAUAUUUGGAUGUUGUUCCAGAGAGGCUGCAGAGUGGCGAAGAGAAGCCGAAGCAGCCCGCUCUGAGGUAGAUCGUUUGCGCGAAGAGCGCGAGAGGAUGAGAAAAGAGCUGGAAGACAAGAUUCGACGACUCAAAGAAGAUCAUCUCCAAGAUUCAAGAAUGGAGAAAAAGAAAGCAGCGGAGGCAGAGGAAACGAGCCAAUCGAAAAUCAAGGAAUUGGAAAGAGCCUUGACACAAGUCCGGACCGAGCUGGAAUCGGCACGGGCCGAGGCCGAUGUCCGUCUGUCCAGACAGGAAGCUCGCCUUCAGGAGGCUGAACUCAAAACAGAAAGCCUGGAUCGGCUACGGGAGCAGAUGAGUCGAGUCCAAGCCGAGAAGGAUCUCUUGCGCGUUGAGAAGGAAGAGACACUAAAGCGUCUUCAGCUAUCGGAAGAAGGCAGACUAAGAUGGGAAGCCGAAGCUGCCAGAGCCUCUGAUGAAGUGAACGCACUGAGGUCUCAGGUUCAGCAUCUAAGAACUGAAUUCACGACUCACAGAGAAGAUCUGGUCAAAAAACUUGCAGAGACGGAGUUCGAUGCGCAAAUGGUACAAGACUUGCACUCUCAAAUUGAAGACCAGCGACGCCUGGUGGAAGAGAUGCAAACUCGUCUGAAAUGGACAGAAGGAGAGAGAGAUCAACUACAAACAGAACUUACCACCCGCCAACAUGACCAAGUGCAGGUCGAAAAUGGACUGCGGCAGGAAGUGGAGACUUUGAAAAGAAGAUUGCUGGAAUACGAAGCAGAGAAACAGGCGAUGCAAAGAAGUUUCGAAGCUACGCAGUUACUGAAAGAAGAGAAACUUCAGCAUCAACAGGCUAAAGAUCUUGAAAAGAACGAAGUGGAGAAAUCGCAACUAGAACAAAAAAUCGUUGAUUUGCAAGUCGAACUGGCAGCUCUGAAGAAUGGCAGAACAGAACCAAAUCCCGACAUUGAACAGCUGAAGAUCGACAAAGAAGCGAUGGAACAACAGGUCAACUUCUUGAACAGCGUGAUUGUCGACAUGCAGCAUAAGAAUGACGAUCUUCGAUCUAGGUUGGACAUUUUAGAGACAGAAGUCAUCUUUGACGGACAUUUGCAGCUGGGUGUUCCGAAUCAUCGGUCAACCUCUCGUCUAUUCUGCGACAUAUGCGAUGUGUUCGAUGUCCAUGACACCGAAGAUUGUCCAAAGCAGCAGAAUUCCGUCCGAAGAACUCUUUCUUACUCUUCCCAAGAAAGCGAAUUUUGAGUCCAGAUUCUUGUUGUCAGCGAGUCAGAAGACAGCUACCACAUUUAUUUUUCUCAUAUAAAAUGUUUCAUAAAUCCAGAGUCAUAAAAAUUAAUCGCACGUUGUCAGGACACUGGGCAGGUCACCAGUGGACUGCUGUGUGACCCUCAUUAAACCUAGUCCGGGCACCAUUGGACUUCUACACCUGGAUUCAUUUUAAGCCAGAAGGUUUUGGUCCGAAGCCAUCGGGAAAGAAUCCUUCCUAUUGGUCCUGAGAUCGGUUCUUCUAUCUCGCAGCUAAUGUAGUAUAAUGAUGAAGCGGCAGUAUCGAUUGAAUCUACUUACUAAAAACAAAAUGGUUCGUUUUGAGCACAUUCCAGAAAGUAUUGUAUGACACUGGAUUUAUGAGACAUCAUCUAGUUGUUCGAUAGUUAAUCUGACUAUCUACAAUACCUGUUCUUGAUUCCUAAUACCAGGGGCCAAAAUAGCUGAUAUACUAUUUAGUUUAUGUGAAGCGAAUGAUUAACGUGCUAUACAGUUAUACAAGUAAGUUCCCUAUGCACAGUUUCAGUUAACCUCUGGUAACCGAGAUCCAAAAUUUUAUGAAAGAAUAUAGUUUUAUAAAUUACCAAUCGUUCUCAGAAGGAAACGGCUCAUGAAUGGUAAAAUACAACAGCCCAAAUGCACUUGAUCCUGCCUUCUUACGGCAGUCUUGACUAUUAGAAUCAAAAAGCAUGGAUAUUCUGUUUAGUAUUUCAUUUUUUAUGUUUUGCUAGAAAGCAUGGUUUUAUUGGUAUGUCAUCUCUUGGAACUCUGCACAGUACUGUACAGUGUACAAUAUUUAAUCGUUGCUUGAGAGUUAGGUUAAAACUUUAGAAUUCCUUACUUCCACUAUUAGGUAAAAAAAAAGUACAGCGUAAAUAUGCAGUACACUUUAUCAUUUCUUUAACACUGUUAAUGUCUUACUGUGCAUUAUUUAGCAAUUAAAUGCAACGCAUUUAUUAUGCAUUUUAUCUACACACUUCUUUACAUAAACUUUGGAUAUUAUCCAUGGCAAGUUUAGUAGCACAUUAUGCGGAUACUGGUGCAAGUCUGUAUUUAACUUGCGCGUUUACUUUCUUGGUCUUUCUUUCUCUCACGGAUUUAAAAAGAUUCGGAAGAGAAAGCUACAUCUCUCAUUAACUAGUACCUCGUUAAUAGCAGUAUCAUCCCCCAUAACUAGUUCCAGUGAUGGCGCAGUCGCGAAAGAAUCUUUUCUUUUAUUACUAAAUAAAUAUUCAACUAUUCACUUAGAAUUUAAAUUGUCAAACCAUGUUAUCAUUUGCCUCACAUAAAUAAAUCUGAAAUAAAUGAUUUCUUCUUUUAUUAUAAUCAGUCGUUGAUUUUGGAAUUUAUUCCGUCCUGUAUUUAUGCAGUUUCUAGAAUUUGCUUAUUUAUAGUAUUAUUUUACGUAUUUUUAUAACUUAGUAGACAUUAUAUGAAACUAGGAUGCAAGCGUUGGAUCAAAAAUUGCAUUAGAGCUCUAUAUGCUAUAUGUGUGUGUGUGUGUUUGUGUGUGUGUGCACGCGCGCAGAAAAUAAGCAAUAAAAUCGGUCUUGUUUUAUAACGAUUCCUCUUUCACUUUUAUUUUCUUUUCUUUGUAAUACAUUUUGUGACCAUUCCCUCCAGUAAGUUACAGUUUAUUUUUAUUAAAGUUUGUUGUAUCAAGAUUAAGAAAAUAAAAUAUCUUUUGAAACAGUU